GGCCAAUCGUAUGUUGAUGCGCCUGUGUGGCAACAGCAUUUCCCAUAAUGCAUUUGAGCAACUGUCUGUCGCUAACUGGGCUUCGAUCAAGGCUGGGUGAAGAACUGACGGUCACCCUCGGGGAAUAUAUAAAUUUCUCUUCGUGAAAGGUUGUGAAAGACCAGUGACACACAUCCCACAUUUCAGGAUCAUCAAGGAUUUAAUGGAUGCAACAUUAUGAAACCAUUAGGAGGACCUUAUGGAAUCUAUAUGACCGCAUCUUGGCUUAAACCCUUUCGGCCCGGUCAGGACCAGAAACUAGUUACCUCUUCACCAGCUUAGCCCAAAUCCCCCAGGCCAAUGCUAAGUCCCUGACACGGUGAGGAGAUUGGAUUAAGAUAAUAUUAGAAUUCGCUCAGAGAAGGAGCGGAGGAACGCACCUGCAUGCCCCAGGGCCCAGAUUCAGGCCACUGUGUGCUCAUCUUCUGUGACGCCUUUACAGCCACAUACACACGCUUUUUGCCACAGCCUGCCAUUUGUGCAGUAUAAGCUCACUUUCCAGCUUACAUCAAGCCCUGGGGUGGUGAGUGGCCAUUUGAAUGCGACAUCUCUGCGGCUUCAAGAGUGCAAUAGGACCCCCUGCCUUGACCAAGCUUCUGCUUCUGAUUACCUGCCCCCUAUUUAGUGUGUUGGUGUGUCGUGACUGAAGCCUGAAGAGUGAAGUGGUGUUGAUGGCCACAUGGCGGGAACAUCUCGUGAACAUAAAUGAGUAAAUUAGCUGACAAGUAAAUGGAAAAGGUCACAGCAGGCGAAGUUGUUGCUUCCAUGCCCAGUGCGGUCCAUCCACUCUGAGAGAUGCCAUUGCUGCUGUGGACGGUCUGGAGAGGGGAGGCUGUGCCUGCCUGAAGCUUCUGUGGAAAGGACUGCAUUGGCCUUGACAAAUUAGCACACACAGACUCCGUAUGCCUCACUAGCAUACACACUAUGCCACUUGAACAGUAAGCUCCCUGUCUGGGGUCCCGCUGUUUGUAAGCUGUUGUGUGUGUGUGUGUGUGUGUGUGAAUGUGAGUGUGUGUGUGUGUGUGUGUGAGAGUGUGUGUGUGUGUUUUUUUUUCUCUCUCUCUCUUGUUUGCCUGCCCUGGAAGUUUUGGAUGGUUGAGCACAAGGGGCACUCUGAAGGAGUCCGGUGGUGGUGGCUGAGAUUUGGCUGCGGUUGACAGAGCGGCGUGCCAGCCAGCCCUUCCGCACCGCAUCCCCACGCACACCUCCCACACCCCUGCAUCUGACGCAGGGAGGUUUUCAGGGAGAGCAAGGGGUUAGUCAUGAGGGUCCACUGACACACACACACACACACACACACCUACACACACGUGUGCACACACACAUACACACACAGACCGCUUUAUUUCCUCGGACCGUCUGCGUUUUCAAGACUCCCUGUCCAACCCUCCCCCUCCCAGUGUGAGACGGAGGGAGCUGCAGGCAGAGGCCAUAGAACCCCGCCAUAACCUCCUCUCCGCUGACACUAACCUCAGAAGCCCAGCAUGAAGCUGAAGAAGCAGGUGACCGUAUGUGGGGGUGCCAUCUUCUGUGUGGCGGUCUUCUCCCUCUACCUGAUGCUGGACAAGGUCCAGCACGACCCUGCCAGAAGGCAGAACACUGGGGGCAACUUCCCCAGGAGCCAGAUCUCGGUGCUGCAGAACCGCAUUGAGCAGCUGGAGCAGCUGCUGGAAGAGAAUCAUCAGAUCAUCAGCCACAUCAAGGACUCUGUGCUGGAGCUCACCGACACAGGCGCCAUCUCGCCCAGCGGCCACCUGCCUUUCCGCAGCACCAACGGCUCCUGGGUCAUGCCCUUUGACGGGAGGCCCACCUUCCUCUCGCUGCGUCCGCGCGACUGCCAGUUUGCUCAGACCCGCCGCGGCCCCACCGAGCUGCAGACGCUCGAUGUUUACUCUCUGCUGAAUUUCGACAAUGUGGACGGUGGCGUGUGGAAGCAGGGCUUUGACAUCACCUACGACCCUGGCGAGUGGGAUGAAGAGCCCCUGCAGGUGUUUGUGGUGCCACAUUCACACAACGACCCAGGCUGGAUCAAGACGUUUGACAAAUACUACAGCGACCAGACGCAGCACAUCUUCAACAACAUGCUGGUGAAGCUGGCAGAAGACCCACGCAGGAAGUUCAUCUGGUCUGAGAUCUCCUUUUUCGCCAAGUGGUGGGAGAGCGUCGACAUUCACAAGCAGGCAGCCAUGCGCAAGUUGAUUCAGGACGGACAGUUAGAAAUGGUCUCGGGCGGCUGGGUGAUGCCUGACGAAGCCAACACCCACUACUUUGCCAUGAUCGACCAGCUCAUCGAGGGGCAUCAGUGGCUGGAGAGGAACUUGGGCAUCACGCCGCGCUCUGGCUGGGCCGUGGAUCCGUUUGGCCACAGCGCCACCAUGCCGUACGUGCUGAAGCGGGCCAACCUGACCAGCAUGCUCAUCCAGAGGGUCCACUACUCCAUCAAGAAGCACUUCGCCGGCAGCCGCAGUCUGGAGUUCAUGUGGAGACAGGCCUGGGACCCGGGCUCCGGCACGGACAUCUUCUGCCACAUGAUGCCGUUCUACAGCUACGACGUUCCGCACACCUGCGGACCCGACCCCAAGAUCUGCUGCCAGUUCGACUUCAAGCGCUUGCCAGGCAGCCGGGUCAACUGCCCUUGGAAGGUUCCGCCCAAACCAAUCGUGGACACUAACGUGGCUGAGAGGGCUAACCUUCUCCUGGACCAGUACCGCAAGAAGUCCAAGCUGUUCCGCAGUAAGGUUCUGCUGGUCCCACUCGGUGAUGACUUCCGCUACGAUAAGGCUUUGGAGUGGGACCAACAGUACCACAACUACCAGCGUCUGUUUGACUACAUGAACUCCCACCCAGAAAUGCAUGUGCAGGCCCAGUUCGGGACCCUGUCGGACUACUUCAGCGCCGUGUACAAGGCCAACGACGUGGCCCCCGGCACACGGCCGCCUGACUUCCCCGUGCUGAGCGGCGACUUUUUCGCCUACGCCGACCGCGAGGACCACUACUGGAGCGGCUACUACACCUCCCGGCCCUUCUACAAAAACCUGGACCGCAUACUAGAGUCCCACCUCAGGGGGGCAGAGAUCCUCUACAGCCUGGCGCUGUCCCACGCCCGCCACUCGGCCAUGGAGAGCCGCUACCCGGUGUCGGAUUACGCGCUGCUGACGGACGCGCGGCGCAACGUCGCCCUCUUCCAGCACCACGACGCCAUCACGGGCACCGCCAAGGAGGCCGUCGUCAUCGAUUACGGCAACAGACUGUUGCGUGCUCUGGUGGGCCUGAAGAGAGUGAUCAUUAAUGCGGCCCACUUCCUGGUCAUGAAGAACAGAGACGUGUACCGCUUCUACCAGUCGGAGCCCUUCCUGGAAACGGAUGACCGACGAGCCACCCAGGACUCCCUCCCUCAACGCACUCUGAUUGAGCUGGACCCCAACGCCCCCAGGUAUCUGGUGGUGUUUAACCCAGUGGAGCAAGACCGGUUGUGUGUGGUGACUGCGCUGGUGAGUUCUCCAAACGUGCGUGUGCUGACUGAGGAUGGCCAGACCUUACCAGUGCAGCUCAGCGCCCAGUGGAGCUCCUCCUUGCAGGUCAACGCUGAGGUCUACCAGGUGUCCUUCAUGGCGCGGCUGCCUGCUCUGGGCCUGGCCGUGUACCACCUGUUUGAGACCACGGACUCUCCGAUGACCAUGCGCUCCGAGACGGUGAUGCGUCUGGCCCCAGGAUCCGGGGCCGUCAGAGGCCUGGACCCGCUGCCUCUCCGCAUGCAGGCGGCAGACGCCCAGCCCUUCUUCAUCCACAGCCAGGCCUUCACGCUCGGCUUCUCCGGCACCACCGGCCUGCUGGAGACGAUCCGGCGUAAGGAGGAGUCUCAGGAGAUGCGAAUGCAGUUCCAGUUUGUCACCUACGGCACGAGGCCAUCCAAGGACAAAAGCGGCGCGUACCUGUUCCUGCCCGACGGCAGAGCCAAGCCGUAUGCCCAGAGGGAUGCCCCGGUGGUGCGCGUGGUGGAGGGUCCGCUCUUCUCCGAGGUGGUCACCCACUACCAGCACUUCCAGCAGACGGUCUGCAUCCACAAUGUGCCCGGGGUGGACGGCCUCUCCCUAGACAUCAGCGUGCUGGUAGACAUCCGUGACCAGGCCAACAAGGAGCUGGCCAUGCGUGUGACCACGGACAUCCAGAGCGAGGACACCUUCUACACUGAUCUCAACGGCUUCCAGAUCCAGCCACGGCGCUACUUCCACAAGCUCCCCCUGCAGGCCAACUUCUACCCCAUGCCCACCAUGGCCUACAUACAGGACAGCCAGCACCGCCUGACCCUCCACACGGCCCAGGCCCUGGGUGUCACCAGUCUGGACAGUGGUCAGCUGGAGGUGAUCCUGGACCGCCGCCUGAUGCAGGAUGAUAACCGGGGGCUGGGCCAGGGCCUGAAGGACAACAAGAGGACCCUCAACCGCUUCCGCCUGCUGUUGGAGAGGCGUCCGGGCAGCAGCCGGCAGGUCAUGGACAGCGAGCCCCUGAGCUUCCCGUCCAUCAUCAGUCACAUGACGUCAGCAUUCCUGAACCACGAGGUGCUGGCUCUGCCGGUGGUGCCCAAGCACGGCGUGCCCCCCCUGCGCACCUUCGCCCCCCUCGCCACCCCGAUGCCCUGUGACUUCCACCUGCUCAACCUACGCACCAUCCAGAGCCAGCAGGACCCUCAGAGCCCAUCCCCCCUCACCGCUCUGCUGCUGCACCGCAAAGCUCUGGACUGCAGGCUGGAGGCCCAGAACCCCGGCUUCAACUGCAGCACCACACAUGGACAGCUGACCAUGUCCAGUCUGUUCCGGGGUCUGGACCUGCAGCUGCUGCAGCCCACAUCUCUGUCCCUGCUCUACCCGGGGACGCCUCUGGCCAACGACUCCGCCAUCACCCUGGAGCCCAUGGAGAUCUCCACCUACAAGCUCAAGCUACGCUAGCCCACCACACAGCCAUGCACGUUUGGGGCGCCUGGACAGGGGACCAGGGAGGGGGGGGGGGGGGUCUUGCUCUGGAGCCUCUACACCCACACAGGGCCAUCUCUUAGUGGGCUUCUGCUCUCUUGUCUGAGCCCACCCAGACCACCUGGACUAGAGCAGCCUGGCCACCUCAACCCAGAGACCCAAACAGGACUGGGCAGUGGUGGUGGGCAUUCUUAAAUAUCAGGGGCUGCCUGGACACUGUGGAGAAAAAUAAAAAAACAAAAAACCAUCUGAAACAUGGGAAGGGAUGCAGGGGGAUUUUGGAAGGACCUGAUGAAGCUCAAGAUGGCUGUGAUUUUCUCAUUCAGGUUCCGUCUACGCCUGGUCAAGCCGUCUCACCAGGGGCCUGACCAGACGCUACAUGUAAAUAUUGUAACAUACAGACGUGUGCGGUUGCGGGAAGGGUGGUAGUGGUGAGGAUUAAACCUCCAGUGCAAUUUCUUACGCUCUCUCUAGCUCCCUUUUUUUCUACUCUCGGCCAUGUAAGCUGUGUUGGAGACUCCGAACCUACAUGAGCUCGUGAUGUCCCUCUUUUCUACGCCACCGGACUGCUCUGCGAAUGUUGCGACAGGAGGGAGGAAGUGGACUCUCUAUCAGGGAUCUCGACCCCAUUGCCCCCCCCUCGCUGUGGAGUGGGGUUCCAUGGGAGUCUGUUCCCAUCAGGACUACGACCACAAGACUCUAAGCCUCCCCUCCAUGUCCUGUGGCCCCCUAUGGACAGAUGACCUUAGCGUAGUACUAGUAGUUGAAACUGCACCGUUCUCUCUACCCCUGCGGACUUUGUUAGCGAGAGGUCUUCUUCAUCGAGGACUCUGAUGUUUUAGUGCGAGUGGCGCUGCCCUUUGUCUGGAGCGGUCCUGUCACUUCAUAUGACUGGGUGCCCUGAGGACACAACACUCGCUGAUCCAUAUUGGUUUCUUUUUUUCUUUGUUUGCUAGGAAUGGUGUUGUGUACUAUGCUAGUAUGCAGUAGAAGGUGACGCCUACUGUUUUAACAUAUGAACACUAUCGGUACGUUUAAUUGUGUUGUCGUCACAGUCAUCGUCAUUGGUACCCUUGUGAAGGCCCGAAGUGUGUGUGUGUGUGUGUGUGGGAGGACUAUGUGCUGAGCUCCACUGACGUGCUGGCUUCCUGCUGUUCAAUGAGCUACUCAGUGGAGUGUCCUCCCCCUGACUCACUCAUCCUCCCACCCCUAAGCACGCUUUUAUCCACUUGAAGGGGAUGAUUUAAGUUUGGUUUGCCACUUCAGUUUCAUCAUAUUUUACUAGUUUCAGACAUAAUGAUAGGGCAGGCUAUAUGAACUGUAGCUAUCAUGGAAACACUUUGGAACAGAUUGGCAGCAAUAUUUAAUUUUGGUAUUAUUAUUAUUAUUGUUGUUGUUAUUAUCAUAGUGGAAUCAGCACAUUCGACAGCUAAUGAUGCUGGAGUUUUAAUCCAACCCACUCCACCAAAGUUCAGUGAUGUUUUCUUCCCAGCAACAGACGAUCAUCUCAUUCCAGACUUCCAUCAGUCAUGAGAUAUGACUGCCCCCCAGGGUCAACACUGCCAUUCAAACACUUUUAGUGAUCAUUACUACAUGACCCUCUCCCCCCUGCUAAGGCCUACUCUGUCCAGAACACUCAAUUACUCAUCACUACAUCACUAAACUACAACACCGUCUCCACUUGUGGUCUCUCUCAAAUCAUGUAGGAAGGAAGCCUACACUAUCAGGUGUAGACAUUUGCAUUUUGAUACUACUAGUCUCACAUGCAGUCUUAACUCUUAACAACACUACUAACAACUCCCCAACACGUUCCAUUACUCCCAACACGUUCCAUUACUCCCCAACACGUUCCAUUACUUCAUCUAAGGUGUCCUUCACCUCAGACUUGUUCCAUUGCACUUACACUCCAAGCAUAAUGUAGCCACUGCCACUGCACUUCUCCUAACCCUCCCGUUACACACUCCGCGCCAGGACUUACUUUUUCCUUUUCUCUCUAACCCUUCUCCUUCCCUUUGGCUGUCUCUCCGUAGCUGUCUUCUCUGUGUGCAGUUUGCUGUUGAGACUUGAUUUUGUUUUGCAGGAAAAGAGAUGAAUAGCUUAUUUAUUUUUAUCCCCGGCUCUGGUUUUCUGAGUGUGUUGUAAGUGAUGCAUCCAGGAGAAUAUGCCAAGCAGCUGAAGAACAUUGAAUAAAGAGAAGACAUGUA